AUUAAAAUGUAACAAUUCGAUUUGAUAGCAAUAAAUUUGGUUUAAUUUUCAAGGAGUUAACAUCCAAAAAAUGAGUCUCAAAUUGAUUUUAAUUCUUAUAUUUGUCUCCAAAACUUAUGGAAACGAAACAACUCCAAAUCCCGAUCAUCUCGAAAUCGAAGAAUUUUGCAAAAAUGUUUGUUCGAACCCAAACUGGGAUUUUACGUGCGAAAAAAAAACUUCAACGUGUAUUUGUUGGGUCGAUAACAACUUAGAUGAUAUAGACGCAAAAGCUAUGCAAAAACAAGCCAUAAAUCAAGGAAUUAUUUUAUGGGUGAUUCGAAAACGAGAUAGACUCGCUCGAGAUCUCAACAACACCACAAAUAACGACACGGAAAAUACCACCGAACAAAGUACAAUCGAAAUAAAACCACGAAUUAACGAAGAAAACGAAGAAAAAUCCCCAAAAUCAAUUUUAAAAAAAUAUAAACCAACCGAAAAAUCAACAAAAUCAGAUCCAAUUGUUGGAGAUGCCCCAAAAUCGAUUUUACCACGAUUAAAUCAUAAAGGUUUGGUCGCAAAUUUAAAAUCGUGCAACACCGAAACGAUUAAAUUGAAUUUGCAAAAUGUAAAGGCGCAUUUAAAUCGGUUAUUAGAACGAUUUGAGCACCCCCAAGUAAACUGUGGGCUACUCACGAGCGAAUUGGAAGGGAUAAAAUCAAAUUUGCAACAAUUAAUUGUUAGGGUUGGUGAGAAAAAGGAUUUAAAUGAACGGCCGAGGUUGAUUGAUCAACUUCGUGGAAGGGAAAAGGAGAGGCACGCUAAGUUUCAAUCGAGAUUUGGACAAUUAGAUUUGCAUAAGAAGAAAAAUAUCCUUGGGAGUGCCAAAAAUGAUGAUGUUAUUACCCAACCUAAAGAAUUUAUUGAUAACAAAAAAUAAUUAAUUGUUAAAAAUAAAAGUAUUUUUAAAUGUU